AUGCAGGGGCCAGAACGUAUGAAACAGAGUCUAAAAGCCUUAAAACAAGAGCAAACAAAGCCAAAGUCUGAAUGCCUGCACAACAGUCACUGCAGGGACUGUCAUUCCUAUGAGGAGAUCUCCCGGGCCAGGAGGAAGAGUGCUUGCCUGCAUUCACCAGCUGAAUCUAACCAGUGUGAUGUAGUGGGUAUGGGGACGCAGGUGGCGCUACGGUCUAAAUCACUGAGCCUCUUGGGCUUGGUGAUUGGAAGCAACGGGGUGAGCUCCCAUUGCUCUGUCCCAGCUUCUGCCAACCUAGCAGUUUGA